AUGGAAAUUGCACAAGAACUCUGCGUCAUUGACGAGACAUUCCACACAGUCUGUGGCCACGUCAUCACCAGAAUCAAGCAUGAACAUGAAAAUUGCCGAAACUUCGAUAGAAAUCCUUACCUCGAGGGUCAAUAUAUUGACUGCCAAUGUAGAGCCUAUCACAUCAAUCAAGCCACAGUCCUCGACUCAUCCUGUAAGUUCUGCUUGAAUCCCGAGACUGAUGCUAUUAUUAACGAAUGGAGAUCGGACGAGGAAGCAAUUACACCCGCCGAGAUCCAAUCUCGUCGGGAGUUUUGGGCACGAUACACUGAAGAGCAAAGAACACUUUUCGCAAGACAGAAGGUUUUUGAACGCGAUGCCGAGACUGGCAGAGAAGCUUACGAAGUAGGAGUGCAGCUGCAUAACGAGGGUGCAGAUGAGUUGACCGAAGAGAUACUCGAUAGACUAGCAUUGAAAUCCAUCAGACUCAACAGAACCCGAGGCUGGUACGUCGCACAACAAACUUGCCACUUCGGACAGAUUAGAAGAGGCAUUCCGGAUGAUGAGCUUGAAUAUCUGUACGAUGAAACAGAUCCCAACCCCGCGAUUCUUGCACCAGUCCUCCCAGCAGAUGUCCCAGAUGACGAAAUCUGUGGAAUCUGUCGACAAUCCGUGCAUGUUCCGGGGGUCGGUGGGCUCACAGGUCUUCUUCGGGUCUUCUGCGGUCUUCAUAUUUUCCAUCAUGAUUGCAUCCUUCCCUGGUUCCGAAAAGGAAACCCGGAUACCGUCUCAUGCCCUGCUUGCAGGGCCUCAAGAAACGUCAUCAUCCCGCCAGACUUUUCCGACAUAGUUCCUCUUUAG